CUCUCUCCCUCCCUCCCUCCCUCUCUGUCUCUCUCUCUCUCGGUGUCUGGCCUACCGCGUCUCGACCCACCACCGCUAGUCUGAUCGAGGCCAGCCUUUGGGAGGGCAUCGACCUCCUCCUCCUCCUCCUCCUCUUUACGUUCCCGACACUGAUCCCGCCCGAUCGCGCCGCGGGGUCGGUUCUGUUGGUUCGUUCCGCGGGAGCCUCGCGCUCGGAGUUCGCCCGCCGCCGCCGCCCCCUUCGCCUUCCGUUCCGCCGUCGUUAUUUUUGGUGACAGACUUUUGUGGAUUUCUAACAUGUGGAAUGGAACUCAAAGCGUGGGCGAAUCUUCCAGCUCAACUUCCUUAAGCAGUCAACAGGAUCUCGAGGAUGACCGGAUGAUUGCGCUCGUUCUAUCUGAAGAAUAUGCGCAACUGGAUGGAGGAGUGGGUAGACGCCUUUCUAAUCUAGCUCCUGUUCCGCACGUUCCCCGCAUAAAUUCCUACAUCCCCGAUCUAAGUGAUGCCAGUUUAGAUCACCAGCGGCUUCUACAGAGGCUGAAUAUCUAUGGGUUAUAUGAAGUGAAAGUCUCUGGGGAUGGAAAUUGCCAGUUCCGUGCAUUGUCAGACCAGAUGUAUAAAUCUCCUGAAUAUCACAGCCAUGUCAGGAAGGAAAUAGUGAAGCAGCUUAAAGACUAUCGUUCUUUAUAUGAAGGUUAUGUUCCAAUGAAGUACAAACGUUAUCACAAGAAGAUGGCAAAAUCUGGUGAAUGGGGGGACCAUGUUACCUUACAAGCAGCUGCAGAUAAGUUUGCGGCAAAGAUCUGCCUGUUAACUUCAUUUAGAGACACGUGUUUUAUUGAAAUAAUGCCCCGAUCUGAGGCGCCCAAACGUGAGUUUUGGUUGAGUUUCUGGUCUGAGGUUCACUAUAAUUCCCUCUACGAAUUACGAGAUGCUCCAAUUCCUCAGAAACCGAAAAAGAAACACUGGUUGUUUUAGAAGAAGCAGGUCGCUCAUGCUGUUGCCACCUGGAGGAAAAUGGGAAUCAAAUUUAUACAGUCCAUAUACCUUUCAUAUUUUUCUUGUUUCUUUUUUUCCGAUUGGCUUGUAUAUAAUUGAUCAUUUUUGUUGAUCACAUGUGAUAGUAGGUUUAUCAUAGAUGAGGUGUGAGGAUCCACAGUACAAGUUUACGAUUCAUCAUAGAUUUCUUUUGAUGAGGUAGAUGCUCUGUUGCAACCUUCAUUGGAUACUUUUUGAGUGUUCAUGUAUAGUAUUUGAUUUCAUUAGAUUUUUGAAAAAUUUCCUUUACUCGAUCGCAAUACAUUCUUUUUGUUA